ACCCUAUAUAUAUUAUCAAAUAUCAACAUUUUAAUAACCCCAAUAGCGUUUUUUAAGUAAAUAUGUGAUUGCAGUUAUACAUUAAAUUGAUUUAGAAAAAACUAUUUGGAUUUAAUUUAAUUGUUUUCCCUCCAGUAACAUGGCGACAAGUAGAUUGGAAAGAAUUGGAACAAUAUUUACUAGAGCUGAAGGAUUGCUCAAACAUGGGGCUCUAAAACCAGAUGAUAGGCCCAUUUGGUUUGAUGUUUAUCAAGCCUUCCCACCCCUAGUGGAACCAAAGUUUGCAAGACCGAAGCCAGAAAAAAAGCCUAUAAGGCAAAUUUUGUAUAAAGAAGAUGCAAUUAGGGUAAAAUUUCAUAUGAAAGGACAUGGAUUAGGAUUGAACAUGCUAAGUCCCUAUGGCGAGACUCAAACAAAGAAACUGAUUCAGAAGUAUGAACAACUGAAAGAGGAAGGUGUACAAGAUACAGAAUUAGUAGAGAAGGCAGUUUCUUCCGUUAUAAGCCACAAGGAAUCCGAACAAAUCACAAUAAAAGCUAAUCCAGAAUCUGCUACUGCUCAAGUUUUAUCAGAAGCAAAUUUAAAAAAUAUUUUUAAGCAAUAGAUUAGUGAUGUAUUCUAGAUGUAAAUAAAUAGAUAGUUGGUAU